AUGGUUAUUGAUAACGGUUCUGGUAUGUGCAAAGCCGGUUUUGCCGGUGAUGACGCUCCAAGAGCCGUUUUUCCAUCUAUCGUCGGUAGACCAAGACACAGAGGUAUUAUGGUCGGUAUGGGUCAAAAGGACUCGUACGUCGGAGAUGAGGCUCAAUCUAAGAGAGGUAUUUUGACCUUGAAGUACCCAAUUGAGCACGGUAUUGUGACGAACUGGGAUGACAUGGAGAAGAUCUGGCAUCACACUUUCUACAAUGAGUUGAGAGUUGCACCAGAGGAGCAUCCUGUCUUGUUGACUGAGGCCCCAAUGAACCCUAAGUCUAACAGAGAAAAGAUGACACAGAUUAUGUUUGAAACUUUCAAUGUUCCAGCAUUCUACGUUUCUAUCCAGGCUGUUCUUUCCUUGUAUUCUUCUGGUAGAACUACCGGUAUUGUUUUGGACUCUGGUGACGGUGUUACUCACGUUGUUCCAAUUUAUGCAGGUUUCUCUCUUCCACAUGCUAUCUUGAGAUUGGAUAUGGCUGGUAGAGAUUUGACUGACUACUUGAUGAAGAUUCUUUCCGAGAGGGGUUAUCCAUUUUCGACUUCUGCAGAGAGGGAAAUUGUCAGAGACAUCAAGGAGAAGCUUUGUUACGUUGCUUUGGACUUUGACCAGGAAAUGCAGACGGCAGCACAGUCAUCUUCUAUUGAAAAGUCAUACGAAUUGCCAGAUGGUCAGGUUAUCACAAUUGGAAACGAAAGAUUCAGAGCUCCAGAGGCUUUGUUCCACCCAUCUCUUCUUGGUAUGGAAGCUGCUGGUAUCGAUCAGACUGCUUACAACUCUAUCAUGAAGUGCGAUGUUGAUGUCAGAAAGGAAUUGUACGGUAAUAUUGUUAUGUCCGGUGGUACUACGAUGUUCCCAGGUAUUGCUGAGAGAAUGCAGAAAGAGAUUACUGCUUUGGCUCCAUCUUCCAUGAAGAUCAAGAUCAUUGCUCCUCCAGAAAGAAAGUACUCUGUCUGGAUCGGUGGUUCUAUCUUGGCUUCUUUGUCUACUUUCCAGCAGAUGUGGAUCUCCAAGCAGGAAUACGACGAGAGCGGACCUUCUAUUGUUCACCACAAGUGCUUCUAG